CCCCUUCUCUUCACACCCACCACGCUCUCUCAUCUCCCACUUUCCUCUUCCUUUCUUCGUUUUCUUCUCUUUCUGACUGUUUGGCAGCCGCUGCUCCAUCUUCUUCUUCUUCGUAAACAUGAAGCAGCUUAUUCGCCGCCUCUCCCGUGUCGCCGACUCGUCUCAGUACUGCCUGCUCCGGUCGAACUCUGAUCAGGGCCGCCAGCCUCGCCGGGUGGAGUCCUUCCGGGCCAAGCUGCGCCGCUCGUCUUCCAAUUCUCCCGUGGUCCCCCAGGGCCACGUGCCGGUCUACGUGGGCGACGAGAUGGAGCGUUUUGUGGUUUCCGCGGAGCUCCUCAACCACCCUGUUUUCGUCAAGCUGCUCAACAAGUCGGCUCAGGAGUACGGCUACGAGCAGAAGGGCGUGCUCCGCAUCCCCUGUCACGUCCUCGUCUUCGAGCGCGUCCUCGAGGCCCUCCGCCUCGGCCACGACCACUCGCGUGAUCUCCACGACCUCCUCAGUUCCUUGUCCUCUGACGACUUCUUCUGAGGAUUUCCCCCUUCUAUUUUUGCUUCCUUUUGUUCCUUUUAACAUUUCUUAGAUUGUCAGUAGAAGAGAGAAAAGAGACAGACCUCUAAAAUGGUGAUUUACGGAGAUCUUUUUUUUUUUUUUUGUAAAUAUAUUUUGAGAUCUUCGUCGUCCUCCUCAUCAGAUACAAAAAAAGAGAUGCAGACAAUUAGGGUUUUGUUUCUUGUUGUUUGGUUGUACAGAAGGGAAAAUGAAUCAUCUGUAGUAGGAUUACUACUCUAUUUUACUGAAACGACAAUGCAGUACUACUUGUUGUUUUUAA